GUAUGGAUUUAACAAUUUGUGAAUUUAUAUUCAUAUCUGUGAUAAAAUUUAUGUGUGCAAAUAUUUACAUUCCAUUCUGUGCCUUUCAAAACAAUAAUUUUCAAGUGUAGUUUAUGAUUAGAUAAUGAAAUUUGUAUAAUUUCAUUUUAUCGUGACGUAAAACGUCUGGAACUAAAUCUUAUCACAACCAUCAGCAGCAAAAUUUAUUUAAUUUCGUGGCCAAUAUAAAAACAAUGUCGGAUAUUAUUGUUUUGGGAUCCUGUAGUGUAGAUUUCACUUGUUUUGCUGCAAGGCUUCCAAAAGCGGGUGAAACUAUUCAUGGCAAAAAAUUUAUGACCAGUUUUGGAGGCAAAGGCGCCAAUCAAUGUGUUUCUGCUGCCAAAUUAGGUGGAAAAACUGCACUAAUAGCAAAUCUUGGGAAUGACAAAUGGGGCAUCGAAUACAAAACGUAUUUAGAAAAAUUAAGCAUCAACACUGCACACGUUCAUCUAAAAUCAGAUUAUGAUACUGGAAUAGCCCAUAUAUCCGUAGCAGAAUCUGGUGAAAAUCAAAUAAUUAUUGUAGCCGGUGCAAAUGGUAGUCUUACACCUGGACAUGUGGAAACAAUGAAAGAUGUUUUGGAUUCUGCUAAGAUUUUAGUGUGCCAAUUGGAGACACCCAUAGAUGCAACUCUGGCAGCUCUAAAACACUUUAAAGGAAUAUCUAUUUAAAUAAAUGCUGCUCCAGCUCAACUUGUACAUUAAAAUUCGAUGUAUUUGUUGAAGUUGCCAUCAAUUUUUUGUGUGAACGAAGUAGAAGCAUCUAUUAUAUCAGGAAUUGAUGUUAGCAAUGUAGAAGAAGCAAAAACAGCUGUUUCUAUAUUUUUGCAAAGGGGUUGCCGGACAAUUAUCAUAACUCUGGGUGCAGAAGGGGCAGUUUUUGCCAGUCAAGAAAAUCCAGUUCCAAUUUUUGUUCCUGCAAAGAAAGUUGCUCCUCUUGAUACAACGGGUGCAGGCGAUGCCUUUAUUGGAACUCUGGCUUAUUUAUUGGCUUACAAAGAGGACAUGUCGAUGAAGGAUAAAAUAAGGGUAGCAUGUGCUGCAGCUUCGGAAUCAGUUAAAUAUAUUGGAACACAGUCGAGUUAUAUUACUGACUUAUCCCUUAUAGAAUUAUAAUGUUUAUUUGGAAAUACGUUUUAAUAUGCGUG